AUGCCCGCUUUGCAACGUCUGCCCGAGCGAGGGCCACGGAGUCAGCCCCGACCGGUGGCGGAGGACUGCCGUUCCUGCGGUGCCAGCUAUCUUGAUGAAGCUGCCUUCCGCAGCCACAGCGGGUUGCAUCGUCCCACACCGUCACCACCAGAUGCGCCGCCACAGACACGCCUGUGGACUCCAGGCGUCAGCAAUCCGCGAAAAGGGCCUUCCGCAGCACCUGCCGCACAUGAUCCGCUGACACCUUCAUCUUGGAGGUUUGACACCUCCCAGACUGAAGGCAUUUCCUUGGGAGAGAUUGUGGGUCACGGUGGCACGUGGCCCAUCGGCGUGGCUAAGGGGCGCACGCAGCCGCGAAGCAUCCCAG